AUGCAACAUGGUACACCACUCCAAAGAGAAAUCGUGGCGGGGCUUACAGCGGGAACUGUGACUACGAUCGCCACUCACCCGUUGGACUUGGUCAAAUUGCGUCUUCAGCUCUUGGCUACUUCCAACUCAGCUCUAGGCUACACCGAUGUGGUGAGAAAUAUCCUCAAAGAAGCACGAAUUCACAGCAGCAUUGUGAAAGAAGCAUACCGUGGACUCGGUGUCAAUCUGGUGGGCAACUCCGUGGCAUGGGGCCUUUAUUUCGGACUCUACCGUUUUUCAAAAGAUACGGUCUACAGACUUUGGAUAGAUCAAGAUGCUCACAAUAGAACGUCGUUCCAAAACGACAGUCAAAUGGGUCCACUUCUGUACCUCACGUCAGCAGCGUUGAGUGGCGCUGCAACCGCUUUACUCACAAAUCCAAUCUGGGUAGUCAAGACCAGAAUCAUGUCCACAAGCACACAUGCUCAAAGGCGCUACAAAUCGACCCUAGAUGGAAUUUUUAAAAUUUACCAAAAAGAGGGACUGACUGGGUUCUGGAGAGGAUUGGUGCCAUCGAUAUUUGGUGUGGCCCAGGGUGCCAUUUACUUCUCAGCUUACGAUUCCUUGAAGCAUCGGUAUUUUGCCAGCAGGAACAUCAAAGAAGAACAAAAACUGGGGAACUUCGAAAACAUCUUACUAACGUCUAUGAGCAAAAUGGUCUCAGUAUCAGCCGUAUAUCCGCUGCAACUACUCAAAUCGAACCUGCAAAGUUUUGAAGCUGUUGGUAACGAGGCAUCCUACAAACUGUGGGCCUUGGUUGGCUCCAUAUAUACAAAGGAUGGCGUGAAAGGCUUGUACAAGGGUCUUGCUGCGAACCUCGUGCGUGCCAUACCGUCAACAUGCAUUACGUUCUGCAUUUAUGAGAAUUUGCGCCAUCUGUUGUAG